GCUGUAAGUGGCAACGUCAUCACACCGCGACAACAUGUUUCUACUUUUUCCUAGGACAACGUUGAUAGUAAAGCUCAACAUCUGUUUUGUAAUCUUAGGAUGUGAAUUGGGAAACUAAGCGAGCUAAUUCUACAAGCCACUUCAUCUAGUUGUCUUUAUCUACAUACAAAAAGACCCCGGAAGUCCUUUUAUCUCCGUAUGCAGAUGUAAACACAUGGCUUGUUGUCCUGUCUGAUGCUCAAUUAUGCCAAAACUCUUUGAGAUCAAGUUUCCAGGAGAAUGUAAGACUCUUCCCGAAGGCUUCUGGUCAGCUGUGGACGUGUGGAUAAAGAAACCCCACGUUGUGAACAAGCGUCUGUGCGGGGUGAAGGAGACGGAGAGUAGGGAUGUGGGCAGAGAGGCGGUGCUGUCGCUGCUGGAGGAGCCUGACCUCGCUCAGGAUGUGCUCUCCUUCAUGACCUGCUGCAGGAAUACACCUGAGAAUACACACGAGAAGGAAACCCCCUGGGUCUCCAGCGUCAGGACGUUUAUUCCUAAAGUCAACAACUAUGGGACGAACCUGCAUAAGGAGGUUAUCCUCAAAGACUUCGGCAGACAACAGGUGACAUUUCUUCCGUUUGAAGAGGGUUCAGAAGGAAAGGUCUCUCUCAAGAGGGGAAACAUUUAUCAGUUCCAGCUCCUCCAUCAGGACUGUGAGGAAUGGUCGUUGGAGCUGCAUGUUUUGGCCUCAGACCAGUGGUUCUCCGAUGGCGUGGCGUACCCGAGGCUGCCCUGGCUGUCCUCAGAUCUGCUGCCCAAACUGGUGCGCUGGGCCACCGAGUGCAAGAGCAGCGAGUUCAGGAGCACCCUGUCCCUGCUGCCGGUGGAGAAGUACAGCGUCAUGUACCAGACGCUGAAGGAGAAGUACAAGGCCAUGGUCAAGGUUUGGCCUGAGGUUACAGAUCCUGAGAAGUUUGUCUAUGAGGAUGUUGCCAUUGCUACAUAUCUCCUCGUGCUGUGGGAGGAGGAGCGAGUGGAGAAAGGUCUGACUGAAAAACAGUCCUUUGUGGACCUGGGCUGUGGAAACGGCCUCCUGGUUCACAUACUGGCCAAUGAAGGGCAUCCUGGAAAGGGCAUCGAUGUUCGGAGGAGGAAGAUCUGGGACAUGUUCGGCCCCCAGACUCUGCUGGAGGAAAAGGCAAUUACUCCCAGCGAGAGCUUCUUAUUCCCGGAUACGGACUGGCUGAUUGGGAACCAUUCGGACGAACUCACACCCUGGAUCCCCGUUAUAGCUGCCAGAUCAUCUUAUUCCUGUCGGUACUUCGUCCUCCCCUGCUGCUUCUUCGACUUCUUUGCAAAAUACCAGAGACGGCAUUGUAAGAAGUCUCAGUAUAAAGAAUACAUUGACUUCAUCACGGAGGUCAGCGUAGUCAGUGGCUUCAACACGGAAGAGGACUGCCUGAGAAUACCUUCCACCAAACGGGUGUGUCUGGUGGGAAAGUCAAGAAACUACCAGAUAUCUGACGAGGCCGAGGCAGAGGAGCGAAGAGCUCGAUACAUACAGAGCCGCCAGAAGGCCCCUGGGCCCACAGUUCAAAGGUCAGACAUCAGAAGUGACGGGAACUGUUGCCAUGGAGAGGGAGACCCUGACAGGACCCCUGACAGCAGCUGGGGAGUUGGUUUCCAGCCCAGAGACAAGGUGGAAACGGUUCGAAACUGUGCUGCUCUCCCGCGGGACUUAGUCAACAGUGUGGUCCUGCAGGUUGCUAAUGUAAUCCUGGGAAUGACUGAAGAGGAUGGCGGAGGGUCCUCCAGUGACUGGAAUCGAGGAGGAAGCCUCUCUGUGAACGAGGCGGCUGGACUGAUGAAGCAGGAAACCCUGCAGCUCCUGAAGAAGGAGUGUGGAGGCCUCCAGACGCUGCUGAAGAACAACCACCAAGUCUUCAGAGUGGAAGGAGGGCGGGUGUAUAUAAGAGACUGGCGGGACAGGAAGGCCUCCAGGGCGGAUACAAAAAGAAAGCCCCUCGCCCCCGGGGCCCUGAAAACUCGCGCCUGCUGGUUCUACGACCACCACCCUCAGCGCUGCCCUCUGCAGGCCGAACUCUGUGCCUUCGCCCAUGGACCUGAUGAGCUGCGACCCUCGACCAAACCUCUGAAGAAGAUGAGACACAACGCCUUUAUUUGAACUUGAGGAACUUUUCUAAUGAACACUAUGUCCAUCUCUGCCCAUAGAACUUCCUGAAUAAGUCUCCACUCCCAGCCCUGAAGCCACAAAGAGGAAGAAGUUCAGAUCCAAGCAACAUUACGUCAUUUCUGGGGAAUUUUUACAAUAUUCUCUCCCUCUGAGCCAGAUGCAGCUUUAGCUUUCACUGUUAUAGCUCGCUGACAUCUGUAAUUUCAAGGGAUUCUUUUAUUUUUAUUUAUUCAAGGAAUAGAUUUGUGUAAAGCUCAGACAAUUGUACACUGAAUAUCGAUUAAAGUGUAUAUCAAACUACA